AUGGUCCGUCUGAUCGUGCCGUACAGCGUCAUCUUCUUGCUGGCCGUUCUGGGCAACGGACUAGUCAUCGUCACCCUAGCCGUGCACAAGAAGAUGCGAACUGUCACAAACGUAUUCCUGCUCAACCUGGCCAUCAGCGACCUUCUCUUGGGCGUCUUCUGUAUGCCUUUCACACUGGCGGGAGUGCUGCUCAGAGAGUUCGUCUUCGGCGACCUCAUGUGCAGACUUAUUCCUUAUCUCCAAGCGGUGUCUGUGUGUGUGUCUGCGUGGACCCUGGUGGCCAUGUCUGUGGAACGCUAUUACGCCAUCUGCCACCCGCUGCGCUCCCGCCGGUGGCAGACGUUGCGUCAUGCCCGUCGGACCAUCACCGCCGUCUGGAGCGCCUCCCUGGCGGUCAUGCUGCCCAUCGCCCUGCUCAGCCACCUCCAACCAAUAAGAGGAACCGGUAAAAUGAAGUGCCGCGAGGACUGGGGCAACGCUCUUAAUGAGAAGCUCUUCACGCUCUUCUUGGACGCCCUGCUCCUGGUGGUGCCCCUCUUGGGCAUGAUUGUCACUUACUCCAGCAUCGCUGCCACGCUCCAGAGAGCCAUGCGGAACCCCGAUCAAGGCGUCAUCUCUUCAUUAAUAAGUGUGUCGCUCGAGUGCUCCAAGGGGUCGCUUGGAAGAUCAGGUCUUAAAGCUUUGACGACGACCCCAGCCGGUGACGUCGAUGGCUUCCGCUUUGAAGAGCCGCCACGGUGGUCCAUAGUGUCCGCCCACGAGGGUGAACUCAUGCACUCAACCUCGACGGCGCAGGAAGCAGGAACCAAAGAUGCCACUUGGGUCACUGGUUCCCGUGGAAUGUUCCGAUCACCAGCAUCAGCAUUCACAGCUCUCCCGGUUUGUGGUGCGAGAAGAUUCGGAGGGCUGCACUCAGGGGGUUCUAAACUGCAAGAGCCAGACAUGGUUGUAGUGGUACUGACCCAGAUCUUCUACGUCAGAGAAUUGGAGAAGGGGCCGAAGAGCGAGCUUGAAGUCCGUCACAGUGUAAGGCCUACCGGUGACAUCGGCAUGGAGAACGGAGCAGAGACUGAAGUCCACAGAGGCGGAGAACCGAGGGAGAAUAAUUUUGUAGUCGUCAGAGGAUUGCACGGACUGGUAUUGAAUGAUGUGACAAAACUUCGGGUCUACCAGAGCAUAAAAAUGGUCUCAAAGGACUUGAGGGGGAACCUGAUCUCUGCGGUCCUGGAGGUCCGAGUAAACACUUACGUCAGCUCUUUGUUUCCCUCCACAGGCCCGUUGGUGCAGCCGAGCCGUUCCGAAUCCAGACGGUCCUUCCGAAGCCUAUCAGCUGCCACACUGUCCCAGGACACCAUUGUCAGCCCCACGGCGCCCACUCAACAAAUCAUCCGCGCACACCACCGCGACCAGGCAGGCUGCCUCGCUCGGAAACAACGCGUCAUCCAAAUGCUCUUCGUGGUUGUCGUUGAAUUCUUCGUGUGUUGGACACCGCUGUACGUCGUGAACACGUGGUCCCUCUUCGACCCUGACUCCGUCUACUGGGGUCUGGGCUACCAGGGGAUCUCCCUGCUGCAGUUAUUAGCGUACGCUUCUUCCUGCUGUAAUCCCAUCACGUAUUGCUUCAUGAACCGAACUUUUCGACGAAGUUUCCUGCAGCUAUUCGCCUGCCCGGCGAGGCACGUCGCACCGCCUUCGCCGAUAGAGUCCACGAAAGAACAGAUGAUUGCGGCGCAGAUGAACGACGUCAGACAGUGACUGGCAGAAACUACUGCGUAGCCGAAGCGAGCUGCGUCUCGUGCUCGGCUACGCUGCUGAAAAAAGAAGGAAAGUCAGAGAUGUGAUAGGCGAUAUGAACCAUUCCCGUUCGUGCACUUGAUAAGAGACGUUGGACAAGCAGCGGCCAAACAUGACAGAGCUUAUCUGAGGAGGAUUCAGGUUCCUUCGAAGGAGUGCAACGAAAAGGUUUAAUACGCGGGAAUAGCACUCGGCGUGCGUCGAGCCAAAACAAAAGCAACAAUGUUUUGGUUGAUGGUGAUUGCGGUGUUUCAUCGCCAGGGGCGAUGGGAUACCUCACUGCUCGCGAUAAUGCUCACCUGGUAUGGCCGUGGAUAGCGAUAGUGGUCAUAGCGCCAUGUGUGUGUUUCACGUGAUUAUGCGUCGAGUCGAAGA